CCCCGCGUCGUACCGGAAGUCGCACUCCCGACGAGGCAGGCCAGUCUGCGGCUCCGGAAGUGGUCACGGGCCGCGCUACUUCCGGUCUGCGGUGGCCGGGGAGGAGGAGUGGCCUCGGGGGCUUGGGGCUGGCGCAGCCAUGGCGGAAGGCGGCGGCCCAGAGGGGCAGGCGGGGCCUGGGCCCGCAGGUCGUAAUCUGAAGGAGUGGCUGAGGGAGCAGUUUUGUGACCACCCGCUGGAGCACUGUGAGGACACGAGGCUCCAUGAUGCGGCCUACGUGGGGGACCUGCAGACACUCAGGAGCUUGUUGCAGGAGGAGACCUACCAGAGCCGAAUCAACGAGAAGUCUGUCUGGUGCUGUGGCUGGCUACCCUGCACACCACUGCGCAUUGCGGCUACUGCAGGCCAUGGCAACUGUGUGGACUUCCUCAUCCGCAAGGGGGCCGAGGUGGACCUGGUGGACGUGAAGGGGCAGACCGCCCUGUAUGUGGCCGUGGUGAAUGGGCACCUGGAAAGCGCCCAGAUCCUCCUGGAGGCUGGUGCUGACCCCAACGGGAGCAGGCACCACCGCAGCACUCCUGUGUACCAUGCCUCGCGCGUGGGCAGAGCCGACAUCCUGCAGGCUCUCAUCAGGUAUGGGGCUGAUGUGGACGUCAACCACCACCUGACUCCCGACAUCCGGCCCCCUUUCUCACGGCGCCUCACCUCCUUGGUGGUCUGUCCCCUGUACAUCAGCGCAGCCUAUCACAACCUACAGUGCUUCCAGCUGCUCCUGCAGGCCGGGGCAAACCCUGACUUCAACUGCAAUGGCCCUGUCAACACACAGGAGUUCUACAGGGGCUCCCCUGGCUGCGUCAUGGAUGCUGUGCUGCGGCAUGGCUGCGAGGCAGCCUUUGUGAGUUUGCUUGUGGAAUUUGGAGCCAACCUGAACCUGGUGAAAUGGGAACUGUUGAGUGCAGAGUCAAGAGGCAGAAGGAAGGUGGACCCCGAGGCCUUGAAGGUCUUCAAAGAGGCCAGAAGUGUCCCCCGGACCUUGCUGCAUAUGUGCCGUGUGGCGGUGCGAAGAGCGCUUGGCAAACGCAGACUUCAUCUGAUCCCCUCACUGCCUCUGCCAGAACCCAUUAAAAAGUUUCUACUUUAUGAGUAGAAUUAAGCACAGCGGCUGAGUGAAUGAGGAAGAUGCUGACUGCAGUGAGCCCUGGUGCAGCUCUGGCAUCCUGGAAACCAGGUCCCACUGCCCCUUCGUCCAGUGACUACUGCAGAAGAAAUGGCCUUAUUCUUGUGGACUGUGAUUUCACCUCCGGUGCUUGGGCCAGUGAACAGCCGAGAGGGUCACACAGAACUUGAUUUUGUUUUUCCUAAAUGUCUGUGUUGGACUUUUGCAGUUGUAUAUUAAUGAAGUGGACCAUGAGGUACAUGUGGGUGUUGGCAGGGCUGGAGGCUCUGAUCUCUAGUAGGGAAGACUCCUAGCAUUUUCCAGAACUGUUUUAUUUAUUUUUGUACUUUGUAGUUUAAUUCUUCUAUUAGACCUAAUAUCUAAAUGAAGAAGCAGUUUUAGUUAAAGAAAAAAGUAGGGAACAGAAAUGCAGUUCCUAGAAGAAAAAAAGGAAAUGCAGUUCCUGAACUUGCUAGUUAGUUUUCUCUGCUGCUGGGUUUAAGGGAGGUGUACAUUACACAUACACACGCACACACACACAUACACACACAUAUGUAUGUGCACCUCUUCCUGCUGUUCCGCAUUCUUUGGGUGGCGUCAGUGGUACCUGAGUCUUUGGGGUUCAUAGGCAGAGAGCUCUGCAGAGCAGCACCUGUCCAUGCAACUCCUGUGCCUCGUGUCACACCAGCAGGUGUUGUGUGUUCUCUGCCACUUCCUUUAGGGGAUACCUGGAUGGGGUGGGAGGAGGAGGCCCUCGUGGAGCCGGCCUAUUUGCAUCUGAGACCUCCUACAGCCGUCACUGCCAGGGCAGGUGGACAAGAGGACAGUGAGGUGCCAUUUUCCAUCCCUCCCGAAACUGGGUGCUCAGUUUGUCCUGGGGGAUGGUCAGGGUGCUGCACCUGUGGUUGCUUGAUGUCUAGUGGACGAGGCAGCUGUCUUCACUGAGGUCUCAGUGUCUUGGUAGCUGCUCAGCACCUGCUCAAGCUGUGGCUGUGACAAUGAAAUCUCUGUCAUCCAAAGUCUCAGGGCUGUGAUCUGUAGUGAUUUUAAAAUGAAGCAUUUUAAAAUGAGAUUCGGAGCUAGGGUUAGGCUUGCUGUGCCAUAACAGAAACAUAAUUUGUAGAAAUAAGGCAGACAUUCUAUUAAUCAUUUGUCGUUCUUUUGUGUGGGAGCAAACCAGGCAGUGGGGACCCUCACAUUGGCAGGCAGACCCUGUGUGCCUGGGUGGGUGGGCUUCCUGCUGGGUCCCUGAACUCACUACUGUCUGGUGGGGGUGCUGCAUGCAGUUGUGAGGGGAGGCAUAUUCAGUGGCAUGUUGCUCAGCGAUGAGUGGGACCUGUGGUGAGUGUGAGUUGCCUGGUCGAGGCCUGGGCUUGGCUCCAAGUUGCUCCUGAGGUCAGGAGAGCUUCCCUAGAGGGGAAGACUGGCGUGGCAGUGGGCUGUGAGCUGUAGGAGGGGUCUUGUGCUCCUUGCACUGUUCAAGGAAGGACUGGAACCAGAGCUGGACUCCUGCAAGGCCAGCAGCUCUAAGGAAUUAGGGCAGUAUUAUCCGAAGGCUGAACCACCUACAGGGGUCCUGUCACUGGAGAGGGUUCCCAGGCUUGGUAGCUGAUUUGUGGCCUUGGAGCGCAGUCCUGUUUGGCAUUCCUGGCGGCUUCCCUACUCUGCCUGCUGUGCUGCAGCUAGCUGUGCACUUUGCCUGCCAUGCGGUGCCUUCUGUGGGUGUCUGCGGUGAGGCCAUGAGGCUGAGGCUGGGUGCUGUGUUCCUGUGUGCCCGCCAGGGUGGGGCUGGGGCUGGGGCUGGGGCUGGGGCUGGUGCUCAAGCCCAGGCUGUUUUCCCUAGGUAUGGAGAAGAGAGGCCCAGCUCUGCCCUGGGGCUUUCCGGCGCUUGCCCAGAGCUGGUGGGGGACACUCCUGUCUCCCUGGUGUGUGACCUCCAGCAAGUCUGCCAUACUCGUUCACUGCCUCUCCGCUUGCUUCUUGGCAUCCCAGCAGCUUUGCUGUUUGGAUGCUUGUUUGAAACUUCACAGCUGACUGCUCUGACUCAGCCUGCUUUGGAGCUUGACACUCUUUUUGUUCUUAGUGCUGCUUGUUGUCUUUUAUUGUCAGAGGCAGGACACAGGGUCGGAAGGAGCUCUGUCUGUGGGAGCGCUUCACAGAAUCAGGUUCUGCCUUCCAGGCAGUGUGGCCUGCAGAGAGGGGAAAGCUGGUGGCUGAUGUGGCUGCUGCCUCCUGGCCCAGGUCCCGGAGAGGAGCCUGGUGGCACUCGGGGGACCCCGUCUGGGUGUCCAUCUUGCUGCUGUGCACGGAGGCGCAGGCGGGCCAGCUGGAACAACAGUGAUUCUUUUGGAAGUCAGCCUGGGAGUCUCAGGGGAGGGCUUUAGAGGUGUCUGAGUUACAUAGUUAUGUAUACUUUGCCUUGUUUUUUAGCAUUUUGACCGUACCUAAGUUGAGUCAGGACAUGCACACCUGUUAAAGACAGUAACUAGCGGCUUCCUAGUGGUGGCUGUUUCCGUUAUCAGGCUUUAGUGGCAUCGUUUUGUUUCCUAAAAGUUCAUGGAAGAAAGUGCAACACCCCGCAACAUGGUCUGGGCAGAAGACUGCAGUGCCUGGGCUGGGGUCUGCCUGGGAGGACAGGGCCUGGUGUGCUCAGCGACAGUGCUGGGACCAUGAGACAUGGCCUUGUGCCCGUGGGUGGCCAGCACGGGCAGGUGAGAAGAUGGCCAGUGUGGCAGGUGUUUCAUGAAAUCAGGGUUCCUGAGCCACAGCAAGGUGGUGUGGUGGCCACUGUCAUGAAGCCUGGCUGGCUUCUCUUUCCUGGCCACUGGCCCAUUGCUGCUUCCUUGGGGCCAUGCAGGUCUCUGGGGCUCCUGUCUCCCCAGCCUCUGCCCAUAUGAAAGCCGUUUGGAGAUUGGUCUGUUCACUGUGGAUGGAUUGUGGGAGGGUGGUGGUGCAGCCUGCGUCCGUCCCACCUGGCCCGGCUGUUUAUGGGCAGAAAGUGGCUCUGUGGCCUCAGCAGUGCUGUGCUAUUGUCACUGUCACACAUGUCAUUCUGGCUGUUCAUGUGUAGUACAAAGGUGGCUGUUUCCAGGUGGCCAUCAACAGGUGUGAAGCAGUGUGGUUGCUUGUGGAGGUGUCGCGCUGGUCUUUAGGCAGGACUUUUGCAGUGGGCAGCAUGGGAUGUACACAGUACCUUCUUCCAAGGGGAAUCCCCUGGGUUCUGGUCACCUCACCGUGCCAGGCACGGUAGCCUUUCCACUGCCUGAGGCACAGGAGCAGCGCUGAGAUCUGUGUGCAGAUGUCCCCACCUGCAGGGACCUUUGUCUCCCUGUCCCAUGAGAGGCAGCGGGUGAGGUCUGUGCCCACACAUGGCCCUUGGAGCCCAUGAUGGUUUGGACUGGCCACUGGGGCUGGGGUUGCAGGAGCCUGCUGCCCCACCUUCCCUGCCCGCACCUUUUGGCUUGGCCACCAUACUGGCUUCCUGGGGUCUGGUAUCCACCAACACAUGUCACCCUCCUGGAAGUACCUCUGCUGACCGCAGGAUGCCCCCAUCCCUCACUUCCUCCUCCAAAUCUGACUCCCUGGGUGUGCGAUAAAGUAAUUGAUGUAUAAACAGUAGUGGGGUCUGUGCCCUGUCCUGGAGAGUCUCGUGGAAGGAGUGGUAGACGUGGAGGUGACCGGGGCAUGUGGAAUGUGUAAGUUCUGGGCUGAGGAGGGAGGUGGGAACUCCUGUUGCCUUAAUGUGUCACCCAGUGUCUGAGAUGACAGGGUUCUGUUCUUUUUAAGCUGCUUUGAUUUUGAGCUCUCUCAGUACCAUGUAACAUGUACAUGUGCAUAAUCUGUGAGCGUGGUGUUUGUGAACGCAACUCUGUUGUGUGUACGGGUCAGUUGCUGCUGUCAUUUUGCUGCAGUGCUCCGGUCUACCUGCUGUGGCCUCCCAGCUCCCAUGGGCGCUGGGUGUGCAAGGUGCGCUGUGCACUGGGGCCCAUGUGCCUGGGGAUGUUGCAGAGGGCGCUGCUGCCAGCCCCAGGGUCCCCGUCUGCUUGGGUGGGGAGUGUGUUUGCUGCAGGGGCUAAGAGCAGCACCAUUGCGGCCCUCGUGUCCAGUUAUGAGUUCUCCAAAUUGUGACCGACAUUUUCGGUAUGUUACAACUUUAAUAAACUCUUUGUUCCCCUCUUC